UCAAAGGGUGAUCUUGCAAAGAAGAAAAUUUAUCCAACGCUAUGGUUGCUUUACCGUGAUGCUUUAGUACCAGAAAAUACUUGGUUUGUUGGUUAUGCUAGGUCCCAUUUGAGUAUGACUGAAUUGCGCUCCCGCAUUCAGCCAUUUUUAAAGGUCCGCAAGGGAGAGGAAGAGCGAGUUGAAAAAUUCUUCGAGCGCUGCUCUUAUGUAGCAGGCUCUUAUACCGAUAGAAGCUACUUCAGUAACCUCAACGAUCAUGUCAAGAAAAUUGAAACGAAUAAAAAAGGAAAUAGAAUAUUUUACUUAGCCCUACCUCCAUCCGUAUUUCAAGACGUUACAUCAAACGUUAGACAUACUUGCAUGUCUGGGAGCGGAUAUAAUCGCAUUAUUGUGGAAAAACCUUUUGGAAAGGAUCUCCAAUCCUCGAAUGAGUUGUCAAAUCAUCUUUCUGGCCUCUUUAGAGAAGAAGAACUGUAUCGUAUUGAUCAUUAUCUUGGGAAGGAAAUGGUUCAAAAUAUUUUGAUGCUGCGAUUUGGCAACCGAAUUUAUGGACCAAUUUGGAAUCGUGAUAGUGUUUCAAGUGUUAUGAUCACAUUUAAAGAGCCGUUUGGUACACAAGGAAGAGGCGGAUAUUUCGAUGAAUUCGGCAUAAUAAGAGAUGUUAUGCAGAAUCACUUAUUGCAAAUCCUUUGCCUAGUUGCAAUGGAAAAACCUUGCUCCAUAAAUUCUAAUGAUUUAAGAGAUGAAAAAGUUAAGGUGUUAAAAAAUAUGCAAGCAAUUAAGUUAGAAAAUACUAUCCUUGGCCAAUACGUUGGUGAUCCAGAAGGAACUGGCGAUGCUAAGAACGGCUACUUAGAUGAUCCCACAGUACCGCCAGGCUCUAACACACCUACUUAUGCCAUGUCUAUAUGCUAUGUCAAAAAUGAAAGAUGGGAUGGCGUCCCGUUUAUCAUGAAAUGUGGUAAAGCUUUGAACGAGAGGAAAGCAGAAGUAAGAAUACAAUUCCGUGACGUACCUGGUGAUAUAUUUAACGGUGCCUGCCAGCGUAACGAACUGGUCAUCCGUGUUCAACCUAAUGAAGCUAUUUACAUGAAGAUGAUGUUGAAAAGCCCAGGAAUGAUAUUUAGGCCUAUGGAAUCUGAGCUUGAUUUAACGUACAAGUCCAGAUACAAAGAUGCCUAUGUGCCUGAUGCUUAUGAACGUCUUUUGUUGGAUGUCUUUGCUGGUACUCAAGGAAAUUUUGUAAGAAGCGACGAGCUAGCUGAAGCUUGGAGAAUAUUUACUCCUAUCUUACACCAAAUUGAACAGGGAAAUCCCGAGUUACAUAAAUAUAGAUAUGGCAGUCGUGGACCGGAAGCCUCAGAUAAGAUGGCAUCGGACAGCGGCUAUAUCUAUUCCGGUACUUAUCAAUGGGAGCCACAUCAGAACUAA